UUCUCCUCUUAUGUUCCUCCUCUCGGAAUUUGCUGCGACAGGGCCGAGGCCGUUCAUGCCUUCUCUGCGCAAUUGCUCCAGAGACCGAUCUUCCUAUGAGGACGCUGAUAGAUUCAUCCCAAAUCGGUCAGCGAUGGACUUCGACUUUGCAAACUACAUGCUAACCCAAUCAAGAAAGGAUAAGAAGAACGCGGCAGCGGCUUCCACCUCCAAAGAGGCGUAUCGAAAGCUUCUUGAUGAGGUCCUUCUGAACAACAGAACCAGAAUUCUUGCUUUCAACAGCAAGCCCCUUGCACCGCCUGAAAGGGCUUCCUCCUCCCACCAAACCAAGUCCGCAAGGCGGCAACGCCACAUUCCGCAGUCUCCUGAGAGGGCAUUGGAUGCAUCCGAACUUAUUGACGACUACUAUUUGAAUCUGCUAGACUGGGGAUGUAGCAAUGUUCUGUCGAUAGCCCUCGGGAAUACAGUAUACUUGUGGGAUGCUUCACGUCGUUCUACUUCUGAGCUUGUCACUGUGGAUGAAGAUAACGGUCCCGUUACAAGUGUCAGCUGGGCUCCUGAUGGCCGCCACAUCGCCGUCGGCCUCAACUCUUCUAACAUCCAAUUGUGGGACUCGAGCUCUGGUCGAUUGCUGAGGACUUUGACAGGGGUUCAUCAGUCUCGGGUUGGUUCUCUUGCCUGGAAUAAGAACAUCCUAACGACGGGUGGAAUGGAUGGCAUGAUUGUGAACAAUGAUGUGAGAGUGAGAUCCCAUGUUGUCCAUGCAUACCAUGGUCACCGAAUGGAGGUUUGCGGACUGAAGUGGUCAGGCUCGGGUCAGCAGUUGGCGAGCGGAGGCAACGACAACCUCCUUCACAUAUGGGACCUGUCGAUGGCUUCUUCUGCUCUGGCCCCAGGCCAAAAUCAAUGGCGCCACAGAUUCGAGGACCACAUGGCGGCCGUGAAGGCCCUUGCCUGGUGCCCGUUUCAGAGCAAUUUGCUGGCUUCUGGAGGGGGCGUAAGUGACCAAUGUAUCAAGUUUUGGAAUACCCAUACAGGUGUUUGCAUUAAUUCGAUUGACACUGGUUCGCAAGUGUGCUCUCUCCAAUGGAAUAAGAAUGAGCGCGAGCUAUUGAGCUCUCAUGGGUUCGCUCGUAACCAGCUGACCCUUUGGCAGUACCCUUCGAUGAGGAAGAUCACGGAGCUCAUGGGCCAUACUUCUCGGGUUCUCUUCAUGGCUCAGAGCCCUGAUGGUUGCACGGUUGCAUCUGCUGGAGGAGAUGAAGUGCUCAUGUUUUGGAAUGUGUUUGGCGAUCCUAAAGUGCCUAAGCCUUCUCCCAAGAAAUCAGAUGCUGUUCCCUUUGCCAAUUUUAACUAUAUCAGGUGAGGAUUAAAGCAUGCGGGAGAAAAUCGGGAGCAAUAUGGCUGACUUACUGCUGUUGAUGUUGUGCUGUAUGUGGUGGAGGAAAGCUUUUUGCUUCGUAGCGAGCAAGGUAUGAGGGGGUUUUCUGUACUGUGUUCUGUAUAGAAAAAUGAUCUCGACAUUUUUGUUUUCCUUUUGCAGAUUACUAUUUUUGUCUUAUCCUGUGACAUAUUGUUAAUGUAAAUCAUUUCAUUCUUUACAAUUCAAAUCUCAAUUGAGUGAAA